GAGAUUUUUUCGAAUUAUUUCAUUUAUUUACCUACUUUUUUAUUGCAUGAUGAUUUUCUUUGAAUGUGCUUUUCUCUAGCGUUUGACAGAAUUUGAAUUAUUUUCGGGGUAAAUGUGAUUUAGAAACCAUACUUUAAACAAUUGUCAUGUUUGGUAUCUUUUAAUGUAAAACAUAGGGGGAAAAAAUAUUACAAAGUGUUUUUCUUUUUUUUAAAAAAAAAACCGCGUAAAAAAUUGAUACUUACAUAAUCUCUGCGCUGAUCUGUUUAUAAUAAUGACGUACGUAGUUAUGUUUAAAUCAAUACCUAUUCUAUUGAUUUUCACUUCAAUCAGCAAUUAAAGUAAUAGAAAUUGAGCAUUGUUGUCCACGUGCCAUUAAUAUGAUGAAACAUCUAAAUAUAUCUGCGAUGUAGUUCAGUGAUUGAAAUUCACGAAAACUUAGGUAACAUGAUUUUGAACAUAUUAUGGCGAAUAAAUAUUCCAAUAAACAAGCCAAAACCAUCGCACCAAUUUCUUCUGCGGGUGGAAGUAACGACUCAAUCUUUUCACGGUCUUUAGAAAAAUUAGAUCAUUUCGGUUCUUCCAAUAGUUUACCUAAAUCUACAGAAGAAACAGAAGAAGGUGGAAUUAACGUUGUUGUUAGAGUAAGACCGUUGAAUGGUAAAGAAAUAAAAACCAACGAUCCCAAUGUGAUAUCAUUUCCUGGAAAUGGUCAAAUACUAGUAGAAGGACUAAACAUUUACACAGGUGGAAACGGACCUAAAUCAAAAUUAUUUUCAUUUAAUGUCGUUUUCGAACCUGGUGCAACGCAAAACGACGUUUUCAAUUUUUGUGGAAUCAAAAAACUCAUAAAUAUGGCUCUAGAGGGAUACAACACUACUUGUUUUUGUUACGGUCAAACUGGAAGUGGUAAAACACAUACAUUGACAGGACCUCCAGGAUUGUUUUUUAAGAAAAAAGUUGACCCAUAUUCUGCUCAACACGGUUUGAUAUUUCGUGCCUUUUUACACUUAUUCCAAUUGUUACAAGAGAAAGCAGAAGUACAUUUUGUAUUGAAAGCAUCUUUUUUAGAAAUUUAUAACGAAAAGGUGAUAGAUUUAUUGAAUCCUAGCACCACCAGAAAACCACUUUCAGUGAGAUGGUCUAAAAAAUCCAGAGGUUUUUUUGUUGAAAAUUUGUUUACGGUGGAUUGCGAAGAAUUAGACGAUCUCCAAGCAGUUCUAGAAGAAGGUAUGCGAAAUCGCUCGAUUGGUCAGCACAAUAUGAAUAGCUAUUCAGGCAGAAGUCACACCAUAUUGACAGUUCAUAUCACUUCAGAACAACAGAUGGCAGAUUCUGAAGUCUUCAUCACUAAGCACGGUAAAAUAAAUUUUGUUGAUUUAGCAGGAAGCGAAAUGACUAAAAAAACAAACAGCACUGGUAAAACCUUAGAAGAAGCGAACAACAUCAAUAAAAGUUUAAUGGUACUAGGAUAUUGCAUAGCUUCACUCAGUGAUCCUCGCAAACGAAAUGGCCAUAUUCCAUAUCGAGACAGUAAAUUGACAAAAUUAUUAGCUGAUAGUCUGGCGGGAAGUGGAGUAACAUUAAUGAUAGCAUGUGUUUCUCCAACUUUAUCGAAUUUAUCAGAAACAAUGAAUACGCUUAGAUACGCAGCUCGUGCUAAAAAAAUCAGAACGAAACCCAUCGUAGUAAUGGAUCCCAGGGAAACUUUAAUUCUGGCAUUGAAACGUGAAGUUGAAGCUUUAGAAAAUGAGAAUGAACGGUUGCGAAUGGCGUUAGAUUUGAAUAAGUCAUACGUCGAAGGAUUGAAGAAGAAAUCAGGAUCUCUAGCAGAACGUCUAAAAACGCCACCUCAAAUUAACCUAGAAAAAUUAGCACAAAUGAAAAGUUCUGAAUUAGUUGAUUUGAUAAAACAUUAUGCAGUUGAAAAUGAAGCUCUGAGAAAAGAAAACGCAGAUCUAUUCCAUUCCAGAGACUUAUUAAUGCGUGAUCAUCAGCUCGUUUGCAGGGAAAAUGAAAGACUUUUGAAGAAAGUGGAAUCAGAUAACAUGUCUCCAAUAUUACUGACACGAACGAGUCAUUCAGCAGAAGCAGGGCUGAAUUUGGAUGAUUUGGAUAUGCAAAAAAACAAUUCUAAUACAAAAAGCUCGUCGGGAAGCUCACGUUAUUCUAGUGAUACGACAUACACGACAAAGGAAAUUCCAGACGCAAUACAAAAAGAAAUGAAUAAAAAACAAAUAGGCAAAGCAAUUUCAAAUUUAAUGGACUCUAUUAAAACACGUAAAAGUGCAUCGGGCAAAAAACUGUAUGAUGAAUCAGAGCCAAGCAAAAGAUAUAUGACGAGUCAAACCCGUGGUUUAAAAGCAAAUUAAAUAAGAACGAGCCGCAGUUGAAAAUGUGAUCAACGAACCAGCUACAAGACUAAACCAGAAGAGGUUCCAUAGUUCAAUUUUCAAGCAAACAAGAUAAAUUUAUGCUUUCCUGUAAACAUGAAGAAAUUUAAUUUAGGUAGCAAAACGUAAAAUUUUGAUGCAUUGAUUAUACAUAAUAUCGGUAGUAUAAUAAUUAAUAACUUGACCAAUGCAAUGUAACAUCACGUGAAAAAUUUCAAUAAGAUGGGUUUUUCAGAGAAUCUAUAAAAAUGAAAAAUUAUGGGAUGGCCAUGUUGAAAGAAAAAUACGUUGCAACGAUAAUUAGAUAAUAAAAGCCAUAUAGAAGCUUUUCACCAUAGAUAUUUUUUUUUUAAACAGUACAUAUCAACAUAAAGAAAGUUACAAAUUACAUUACCGAAGCAACAUUCCUGUAAAAUUUUUACCCAAUAUUUUUUUUCUGACCUAAUUUUUAAUUCAGCAUUAAAAACCUACUUGAUUUAUGAACUGGUGGUCAAUUAUAGCUGAGUGAAUGACGACAUGAAAAUGGAAUGCAAAUUUUAUUUUAAAAUAGGUAGUAGACAAAAUUAAACUAGAAAAGAAGGUAACUAUCAAUCGAAAUUUUCAAUUAAUAAAUAAAAUACCUAUCUUUCUCUUUUUCCAAAAACCGAAAGUUUUACAAUGCAGAACUCAUCUGUUCAGACCUGGAUCAUAUCCAAUAUUUUACUCCUGGAAAUAUUCUACAAAUUUCGAAUCGAAUUAAAUAACUGCUAGAGUAGGUACUCGUGGAUGAUAUAAACGUUUAGUUACCCAAAAACCAGUUUGGAAUGUUCAGUUCGCCGAUUGAUUUUUGUUUUCGAUGGCAUGUUCAUUUUGAUACUUCAUAAAAGCCAGAAAUAUCGUCCAGCCAACACUACAAACUCCAAUGAAUGGGACACGAUUUUUCUCCGGUAUGAGAGUAUAGUUUAUUGUCUGUACAAAAGGCCAUACAAAAACAGCGACCUGAAAAAUGAUUAUCAUUUUCGUAUAAUUAAGACACAAUAAAUUUUGUACUUCGAUUAAGAAUUUAACUAAAAAUUCGUAAAUAUAAUUGUGAGAGGAUUAAUAUCCAAAUUACCUUCCAAGUGGGGACAAAUUUAUUCGAAAUUUCUUUCAAUCCAUCUUCAACGGUUCCAUUAUCUAAUAAAGUCAUUAUGAAAAAGAAUGAGCACAUCGCAAAAGGACCGUAUGAAACUUGCUCUACAAAACCCUGUACAUUUGGAUAAAAAUAAUCAAUUAAACCUCUUCAUAAUACUCCAUUAUUGUAAUUUUAAUUUUCAAAAACCAACUUACUUUUAUUAAAGCAUAUUUUAAUGUAUUUUGGGGCCAUAUUAGGCAAGAGAAUCUCAUCCAUCCGUACAAGGAAGGUGCCACAAAUAAACUACCGUAAAGACUGAAUUUUAGAGCUCGACUCCAACUAUACUUUGCUUCUUUAUCGAAACUUUGUUGUAUUAAACUACUACAUGGCCAAGUCACCGAAUAAA